AUGGGAAAACAGAUAACUUUUGUUAGUGGAUAUGUUCAACAAGAUGAAUUAUUUAUGGGAACGUUAACAGUUAAAGAACAUUUAAUUAUACAAGCAAGACUUCGACUUGUUGGAAGUACUGAAAGACAAAUUAAAAAGCGUGUUUCUGAGAUUCUAAACGAUUUGGGACUUCAUUCUUGUCGACAUGCCCGAAUUGGUAGCCGUGGAAUAAAAAAGGGAAUAUCUGGAGGAGAGGCUAGACGUUUACUUUUUGCUUGUGAAUUGUUAAGUAAUCCACAAAUAAUUUUUGCUGAUGAACCUACAACUGGAUUAGAUUCUUCUAUGGCAGAAAGUGUAAUUAAUGUAAUGAAAAAAUUGGCACAAUCUGGAAGAACUGUUAUUUGUACAAUUCAUCAACCUUCUUCUACAAUUUAUAGACAAUUUGAUAUGGUUAGUUGGGAGAGUUUUAUUUUUCAUUCAAAACUAGGUUCUUUUCCUUCUGAUCCCAAAAAUAUCCUAGAUUUCUAUCCAAUUUUAUGUCUUUUUAAGAUCCCUCUUUCUUCCCUUAUAUUUAAAAUCCUUUUGAUGAAUAUGACUUGCUACCAAAACUUGUGGCUUUUUGAGAGACUUCCUUCCUCCUCUGAAGACCCUUUCCUCCUUGAAGACAUCUUUAACCUUUCCAAUGUGAGUUCGCGGGCUAUUUUUUCCCUUCCUCGAAAACCCUUUCUUCCUUUACCCCUCCCAAUGGCCUUUGGGACCUUGACCCUUCCCAUAAACCCUUUUGGGAAGUAUUUAACGUUUAAUCUUUUUUUCUACCUUUAG